CACUAUUCCCAAUUUUUGUAUAUCGAUUGGUGUUAUCGCCCGGCAAUCAUCUCUAUUAAGCUCAACCUGAUUUUUUACUUGUGGUUUAACCACCAGCUAUAAUUUAAUUUUAUAAUUUAAAAACUCCGGUAAGAUGACCAAUAACGAUGCGGCAGGCGAUGCCCCCAGCUCAAGUCGCGCCAGCGGAAGCAAACAGCAGCCAAAGCUGGAAAUAACCGAAAAAGUGAGGGUUCUCUGCUUACACGGAUAUCGGCAGAAUGGAGAUGCAUUCAAAAAUAAACUCGGAUCGUUUCGAAAGUUUGCAUCAAAGUAUGCAGAGUUCGUCUUUAUAUCCGCACCACACGUGGCUGCUGCUUUGGAAUCUUCCGCGGAUCCGGUGCCAGAACAGCGCAGCUGGUGGGCCAACAAGGAUGAUGGGACGUUUAAGGGCACCAACAAAGGUGGACCGGCAUAUGGUUUCCAGGAGAGCUUGCGCCUGGUGGAGGAGACGUGGCGAACACAAGGACCCUUCCAAGGACUCUUAGGCUUCUCCCAAGGCGCCUGCUUCGUGGGUCUCAUAUGCGGACUGGCCAAAAAGAAAUUAACUUCCAUCCGCCCAGAAUUCGCGGUACUCUCAUCAGGCUUUCUUUCCGGUAGCCUGGUCCACAUGAGUGCCUACGAGGAGAGCAUCACCAUACCCACCUUACACAUAUAUGGCCAAACGGAUGAAAUUAUUCCCAAAGAGAUGAGCCAAGCUCUGGCUGCGCAGUUCAAGAACGUUGAAAUUUUAGAACACAGCGGCGGACAUUACUUCCCGGCGACGGCGCAACAGAAGCAAACCUUCAUUAACUUCUUUCAGGACCGCCUGCAAGAAUAUCUGGAGCACCAGGAGCUGCAGCAGAGUGGGAAUGCCUCGUUUAUUGAGAGUGGCGGAGAAGAUGGGGACGGAGACGGUGAUGCCAAUGAUGCUGAGGUGGCUGCCAUGACAGCAGCUGCAGGAUCCGGAUCGGAACUAGGCGAUAGUGAUUAGUGAACGUUUGUUGCUUCUAAUACAAUUUUUACAAAAAGAAAACGUAAGUUUUUUUUCGCAGAUAUUGGGUGGCAACAAGCUGAAUAAGUUUUGUGUAUCCGCUUUUGUAAUAUUUGUAUAUUAUUAUUUUAUUUUAGCAGCAAUAUAGACCCUCUAAGUGGUUUCGUUUUGUA